AUGUUAAAGCAAGUCCUUUCCACGUCAUCCAGGGUCCUCUCCUCUAGCUCGAGAACCAUCGCGCAGCGACGACCGCCAUUUGCCCCGGUGCCCCUCAGUCCCCGGCAACCACGAGUUCUCUACGGCGCGAUACGGAGUGCACGAUGGUACAGCGACCAGACCGCCGAGUCCGCCGCAAAGAAAGAAGCGGGCGAGCCAGCUGCCCAGGCUGAAGCCCAGGCAAAGGACCAGGCAAAAGACCAGGCAAAAGACCAGGCAGAAGACCAGGCAGAAGACCAGGCAGAGGCCCAGGCAGAAGCCCAGGGCAGUGAGGCUGCCAAUAAAUCCGCCAACGGGGCCAACUCGAGCCUCAACGCUGAACUCAGAAAGAAGUUGGAGACUAAAGAAAGAGAAGCCGUUGACUGGAAGGACAGAUACCUCCGGUCGGUAGCCGACUUCCGCAACUUGCAGGAUCGGACACAGAGGGAAAUGAAGGCCGCGCGCGACUUCGCCAUCCAGAGGUUCGCCAAGGACCUGGUUGACAGCGUUGAUAACCUGGAUAGGGCUCUGACGAUGGGCAAGGAGAAGAUCGGCUCGAUGGAGGAGGAGAAGAAGAACGAGGAUCUGAUCAGCUUCUACGAAGGAGUCAAGAUGACAGAAACCAACAUGCUCCAGACCCUCGCGAAGCACGGUCUAGAGCGGUUCGACCCCGAGGGGCAGAAGUUCGACCCGAACGAGCACGAGGCCACCUUCAUGACCCCGGUUCCCGGAAAGGAAGACAAUACCGUCUUCCACGUGCAGCAGAAAGGAUUUAAGCUCAACGGAAGGAUCCUGCGCGCGGCCAAGGUCGGCGUAGCCAAGGGCCAAGAGCCACCGCCGCCGCCGCCGACGACGACGACGACAACGACGACGACAACGUGA